UGAAGAGCGCACCACACAACACUGCUUCUGCUUGGACAAAAACAUAUGAGACGGGUUUAAAAACUCACACAGAGAAGUAUACGGGCAAUUCAUUCAAGCUAACACGGUGUCAGAGCCAGAGAAAUUACUUUAAAGGAGCGACUACUUUGUGGACAUGUCCAUUCCCUGAAUGACGGACGCUUUACUUCUGACAUAUUGGACAGAUUGUUUUUGACUGGAUUGCAAAUGAUUUGCACAUUGGAACAGACAGGAUCGCUUGUGACGGACGUCUUGUAGGUCCGAAGAAAUCCCUUGUGGCUCUUUGGGUAAAGCGAUCAUGCGGGGUGCCGGGACUUUGGUGCUGCUGCGGACCCUUCUGGUCUAUGUGUUCUCAGCUGUCUCUGUCCACAGCAGUCCUUUGUCUUCCCUUCCACCCGCCUCUGCUCCACGAGUCUUCCUGCCCUUCAAAGAGAUGAAGUCUACUGGAACUGCCCAUCACUUUGCUUUCCUGCUCAACUCGACAGACUACAGAAUCCUGCGUAUGGAUGAGGAUCAUGAUCGCAUGUACGUGGGCAGCAAGGACUAUAUUCUGUCUCUAGACCUGAACGACAUCAACAAAGAGCCCCUCAUAAUUCAUUGGCCCGUGGCUCCUCAGAGAAGGACUGAGUGUGUCCUAUCAGGGAAAGACAUCAAUGGCGAGUGUGGUAAUUUCAUCCGUCUAAUCGAGCCGUGGAACAGAACCCACCUGUACGUGUGCGGAACGGGAGCAUACAACCCCAUCUGUACCUAUGUGGACAGAGGUCAAAGGUCACAGGGAUUUCUCCAAGAUCAGAUGCCUCGCAUGGGAGGCCGAACCAGUCGAGCUGCAGACCCUAGUGCCUCACCAGAGCCAUACGCACCCAAGGAAUACAUAUUCCGACUGGAGCCUGGUAAAUUAGAUUCUGGGAAAGGGAAAUGUCCCUUCGACCCCAAACUAAACAGUGUCUCAGCAUUGAUAAAUGGCCAGCUGUAUGCUGGAGUCUACAUUGAUUUUAUGGGAACGGACUCGGCCAUCUUCCGCACGUUGGGGAAACACACAGCUAUGAGGACAGACCAGUACAACUCCCGCUGGCUCCACGAUCCAACAUUUGUUCAUGCUCAACUCAUUCCUGACAGUGCAGAAAAGAAUGACGACAAGCUGUAUUUCUUCUUCCGUGAGAAGGCCUCUGAGAUGGGUCAGACUCCCAUGGCUCAGUCCCGGAUUGGCAGAAUCUGUCUGAAUGAUGACGGAGGACACUGCUGUCUGGUGAAUAAAUGGAGCACCUUCCUGAAAGCUCGACUUAUCUGCUCUGUGUCUGGCUCAGACGGCAUUGAGACACAUUUCGAUGAGCUCCAGGACGUGUACAUCCAGAAGACUCAAGACACCAAGAAUCCCGUCAUCUAUGGCGUGUUCUCCGUGUCUGGGUCAGUAUUUAAAGGUUCAGCUGUAUGUGUGUAUUCAAUGGCUGAUGUGCGCAUGGUCUUCAAUGGCCCUUUUGCUCAUAAAGAAGGGCCAAACUACCAGUGGGUGGCCUACCAGGGUAAAAUUCCUUAUCCUCGGCCAGGGACAUGUCCUGGAGGGACUUUCACCCCUAAUAUGAAGUCAACCAAAGAUUACCCAGACGAGGUGAUUAACUUCAUGAGGAACCAUCCGACUAUGUUCAAUGCUGUUUAUCCAGUCCAGAAGCGCCCCCUGGUGGUCCGUACCAAUGUGGAUUAUGAAUUCACCACCAUCACUGUGGAUCAAGUGGCUGCAGCAGAUGGCAACUAUGAAGUUCUUUUCUUAGGAACAGAUAGAGGAACAGUUCAGAAAGUGAUUGUCCUGCCCAGAGAUGAUCUUCAGACUGAAGAACUAGUUCUGGAGGAGGUGGAAGUCUUUAGAGUUCCAACUCCAAUAACUGCUAUGAAGAUUUCCCCAAAACGACAACAGCUCUAUGUGAGUUCAGCAGUGGGUGUCACUCAUCUGGCUCUGCACAGGUGUGAUGUGUACGGAGAGGCCUGUGCUGACUGCUGUUUGGCCAGAGACCCAUACUGUGCGUGGGAUGGCAAAUCCUGCUCUCGCUACUCAGCAAACCAAAAAAGGCGGAGUCGGAGACAAGAUGUAAAGUAUGGCAACCCUAUCAGACAAUGCAGGGGCUAUAACUCCAAUGCCAAUAAGAACACGUUGGAGACGGUCCAGUAUGGAGUAGAAGGAAGCACAGCUUUCUUGGAGUGCCAGGCCAGAUCUCCUCAUGUGUCAAUCAAGUGGCAUUUCCAGAAAGAAAACAGUUAUAGGAAAAGGGAGAUCCGUUCUGAUGGCCGUGUAGUCCGCACAGAGCAGGGUCUCCUCCUGCACUCUCUCCAGCUGUCUGAUGGAGGAGAGUACCAGUGCAUCUCCACUGAGAAGAACUUCAAACACACGCUGGUCAAACUGCAGCUGGUGGUUCUCUCCGCCCGCACUGUCAACAGCAUCCAGACCGAAUCCACCGUGCCUGCUGCGCCUCCUCUCCAGUCUAGCGCCUGGACGCCCAGCGCCGAGCAGUACAAAGACUUACUGGCCAUCCUGAGCCAACCCGAGAUGGGCCUCAUCAACCAAUACUGUCAGGACUACUGGCAGAUGGGGGACGACCCCGCAGCCCAUGCCCACAAGAAGAAGGACUUCAAGGAAGCACAGAAGGAGCUACGGAAGCCGCGGAAUAGGAGGCAUCACCAGGAGCAAAGCAGCAUGGCUGAGACAUGAGAGGGGGAAGCAUCCAAUCUUUCUUAAAGGAGAUUUCCCCCUACACACUCUAUAACCCUACUUUUGAGGUUGACUUCAAAGUGACCACAGAAAUAUUCAAGGGGUGCUUCUCAAGACUAAUUGAUGCUUCCUGGUUUCCUCACUCCUCUGUCCUCCAGCCUGUGACCCUAAAAUCAAUGGAAGUCAUGAAGGACAUAUGAGUUCUCUAAAUGCAUUGCAAGGAGGUUCUGUAAGAACUGAGGAGAGAGGAAGCUGUCUGAGGAGCUAGGAGAGAAUAAAUGCAGGUUCUAUUGCAAGCCCUUUUGACAUUUAAUCGUGUAGGAUAUGAAUUAUAGAUAUACUGUAUACAAUUCAGUUCUCACUAGUUGAAAUACUAAUUCUUGAAAUCAGCAAUAGAAUGACUACUAGUGAAAAUGCUUCUUUUUAAUAUCAGUAAUUAGGUUUGCACUAGUAAAAUGUUAAUUUUUGAUAUAAAAAAUGACAAUUACUUUUUGGAAAACUAAUUCUUAUAAAAAAUGAUCAAAAAUUGAAUUUCAACUGGUAAAAAAUGUCAUUUUUGAGGUACCUACAUUUUUACUAGUACAAUUUCACAACAAUCUGUAAUUCUCUCCUUUUUAAAACUCAAUUACAGAUAUCUAUAAUUAAUUUCUAAAUUUCAAUUUCACAUAUCAGCUAUGUACUUAACAUGUAAUAAGGAUACUAGUAAAAAUUAGAAUUUUUUAUAUAAAUAAUUACAUUGUUACUAGUACUAAUAUCCAUUCUUGAUAUCACCAAUUGAAUUACAACUAGUGAAAUGCUUAUUUUUUAUAUGUGUAAAUGGAUUUCAACAUGUUAGAUUUGGUGUUUCAGGUAUGUGGAAAUGUAUUUCUGAUUAUAGUAAUUUGAAGAGUAAUUAUAUAUAUCUUAAUAAGCUUUCUUACUAGUACCAAUAACAUGGUAGAUAUCUAAAAUUAACAUUGCCACUAGUGAAAACCACAAAACCACAUCACCGUGUGUGUGUGUGUAUAAAUUGUAAUUAGCAAAUUGUUAAUAUCAGGAAUACACAUUUGCAGUUGAAACAAUGUAAUUAUUGAUAUAAAAAUUGCAGUUUUACUAGUAAGUAAUACAUUGCUGAAAUGUGAAAUUGGAAUUUCAACUAGUAAGAAAUUAAAUAUAGAUAUGUGUAUUUGCUUUUUUAACAGGAGUGAAUGACAAAUCUUCGUGAAAUUCUACUAGUAAAAAUGCAAUUACAGAUAUAAAAAAUAACGGCAUUUACUGGUUGAAAUUCCAUUUGUAAUUUAAAGAAUGUGUGUUUCUGCAAGUAAUGGCAUAAUUGUUUGUUUUUUUUAUUAUCAAGAAUUAAAGUUUUUACUAGUGCAAACCUAAUUACUGAUCUAAAAAAUGUGCAUUUUCACUAGUAGUAGUUCCAGUGGUGAUAUUAAGAAUAAACAUUUCAACUAAUUAAAAAAAUGUAUUGUAGAUAUCUAUAAUUCAUAUCCUACACAUGAUUAAAUGUCAAAAUGGCUUGCAAUAAAGAUUAUGUGGAAGUCAUCUGGCACAACGCUUUAAGUCACAUUUUACAUUUGCGAUUUAAAUAAACCAAAUAUUGUACAUACUGUACUUUAACAGUGCAUCUUGCUUUAUAGGAUUUAUUGAGAAUGUUUUCAUUUAUCAAGCUCCAACAACAUAACUUAGCAGCAACUUAAUACAGCCGCGCAAAGAUUUUGCUUUAAAGUGGCGCUUGAAUGAGCAAGGAUAUUCAUUUUAUAAAUUCACCUUUGAUUCCUUCGACCUCACAUUUCACAAAGAAGGGAAACGAGGAUGCUCAAUUUAAGAAAUGAGAAGCACCCAAGGUAUACCAUAACCAUGCCGACCAGAGAGAAAACAAACAUUGCAUUUUUGAAAAUCUAUAAUAUUUAUUGUAGGCUGUACAUAGUUAGAUUCUGUGGAGAUCUUUGUAUGGAAAUAGAACACACACACAAAAAGAGAAAAUAAAAAAUGUGUAUAGAUCUGUGCAAAUAUUUUGUUAUCAUUGUUACUUCCCUUUAAAUAUAUUUAUUACAAUAGUAUUACCUUGUCUUAACACACUGUGCGACUGUUAUCAUGAUAAAGCAUUUGGUGUAUAUACCACUAACUGGAUGAUGGACAGUCUGACUGCACUUGACGUUUUGAUACCAGAGCUAUGACGUGACUGCACAAGGUUUUGCGACAGAAUUCAUUGUAAAGUCAUACAUUUAGUGGACUCUUUCAGCUGAGCACAUGUUCACAUUCUGCAGAUGUACAGAUCAAGGAAACCUUAGUAUUCUGUGACCUCUCUAGAGACCUUGAAAAGGCAAAAAGAAACACUUUAAUAUCAUUGAAAAUACUCAUGUUUUAAUCUUCUUGAUCUUCCAUAUGUUGUUAUGCUAAUGUGUUAUAUACAGUAUAAGUCAUUUUUGUGUGUUAAAAUAUUCGGUUGAUUGUUUAUGACAGCCUUCUGUACAGUAUGUUCAUUGACACGUUAAUACUUUUUUUUUUCAUUUAAAUAUGUAUUGUUGCACGCAAAGAAAAAAAAAAGCUAUAUCAGACUGGGGUUUAGAACCUGUCUGUCUCUUUGCCAAUAGGAAUUGUUUAAAGCAGGCUAUCAGGAAUAUUAUUUGGGUACCUCUCUGAACGUUUUCAGUAAAAACGUCCAAGCAAGCACCUCUACAUUAUUAGGUUAUUUGGGCUUUAUAUAAGAGAUCAUCGUCUGGAACUAAACUAAAGGGGACUCAAUUGAGUUUGCAUGAAAUGUAUUUGUACUGUACAGAUUUGUAGUCAUAUUCUGGAUAUGUUGCUGUGUAGAUGUCUGUGGACCGAGAGAGAGGAGAGAGAGAGAGAGAGAGAAUGUAAAACAGAGAGACUGAUUUAUUAGGACAGAGGACUCUGCCAAAAUAAGUGAUGGAAUCAAGCACAAUUAACUUGUAUGUGUUUCACCUCUGUGAUUUGUUUUAACACAUAGCAAAUGGGCAGAUUGAAAUAACUGUUGUACAUUUCUUUUGUUCUUCAUUUUUAAGACAUUAUUCAUCACUGUGGUUUGUCCUCUUGUCUUUUUUUUUUUUUUUUAGGAUAAUCUAAUGUGAAAAAAGCUCUAGAAUUAGAUGUUAUGGGCGGUUAAUGUUAUAGUAAUGUAUUUUUAUUUGUUUUAUUUUCCAUCAUUGUCGUUGACUAAUUAAAGUUAUAUAUUUUAUAACAAAUAUAGGUUGUUCAAAGCCUUUCUGCAGAAAUGUUGCUCAGGUAACCUAUAUUUUGUUGCAUAUUCAGUCAGAAUGUUUUUUUAUAAUUAUACAUUAUAAUUGCAAGGGUGAUAUUGCUUUUAUUCAACAGUUCCAUAAACAAGAAGUUAAUUUUGAGUAAUGUACAUGUUAAGACACAAUCUGGCCAGUUAUUUAAAUUUGUACUGCGCCAACAAAAGCGGUUCCACAACAAACCAAAGCAGCAUCAACUGAGCAACGCACAAACUGAUAACCUGUGGAACGCUUUGACCACAGAAACAUUAAUGAAAAAACAAUUAAACAAUCCAGUGCUAUUUUAAGGUCAAUCAGUACUCUUAACAACUACUUGUCCAAUCAGAUUAAUUGCUGCAUAAAAUACAUUUUAUUAUUUUAAUGGUUCCGUACACUUCUUCCUGAAACACAGAAGAAUGUGUCAUUGUCUCCAUAUCACUGUCACCUGUGAUGCUUGUGGAUUAAAAUCUGUCCAUCUUCAGAUUAAGGUCAAUAA